AUGACCGAACUUGUCAAGCAUGAAGACGAUCUUGUCGCUCGACAAGAGGCCGCCCAGCGGCUGCAGCAGGACCUCAAGCUGAGCUUGGGCCAGAACCAGAACAUUCCCAAUAUGCUCAUGACGGCUCCCACAGCUAUCAGCCUCCUCGGACAGAUCAGACUGCUGGCCUUCUCGGACCACGCACUCCGCAUUCGUCUAACAGAGCCUCGUGGUGGAUUUAAACACCUUCACCUCUCAAGCGCCGUGGUCCAAAUUGUGCAGCAAGCCUCUAAUGCUUUUGAUCUCGCGGAGAAAAACCUGCGCAUCAACAGAAUGCAGGCCAAUGUCAUGUUUGGCAGGACUGGUCAUGUCGCAAUGAUCCUCAUGUGUCUCCAAGAUCCGAGGUUGGCUCGAGCGAACCUUAUCAACUCUAUGGACUGCCUUGAAAAGGAAAUUCAGGCGUGUGCGGACAGGGCAAAGCAGAUCGAGGAGCAGUUCGAUGUUCUUGUGCAUUGUGCAGAUGAGGUCAACCUGGCGAUGGCAGACGAGGCAGAACGUGCCGAGAUGGAAAAGGAUAGAAUGACUGUCCAGGCAAUGAAGGCCGAGGAAGAACAGGAAAUACAGAAUAAUGCUCUCUCUGUGUACAAGGCUAGAGUCAAGGAUGCGGAGGAGGAGUUCAACGAGGCAAGAGCUCAAUACCAGAAGACAUCUAAUAAGGGAGCUCUUGCUACGGCUGCGGCCAAUGGCUUUGGAAGAAGUGUCAGUGGCCUCGUUAACGCAACGAUCAACGUCUUCAAGGCGGCGCCAUUGAUGGUCAUCGAGGUGACAAGGGCAGCGAGUUCUAUUGGGACUUUCGGAGGACUCGGCUCAGCGCCGCCAGUCAACCCCGGUGACUCGUUGAUCAAUGAAGGCAAUAUACAAAGCCCCCCUCCUAGACGUCGCCUGGAAACUUGUCGGAGUGUCGGAAUUGAUCCAGCUCUCCUCGCCGCUGAGUCGAUUGAAGCGCAGUUGCGCGAGAUCCAGCGAAUGCUGACUGAGAAUGAAUCCACACUCAGUCAGAACACUGGCGCCGUACUGCAAGCCAACACCAACAAGCUUGAAGCGCUGAGGGACGGACUGAGCGGCUUUGAGAGCAAUCAUACUCGUGAUGCUAGCUACGUCCUGGACGAGGCACUCAAGAUCACAGCGGCCAUGGCGAAAUACUACACUAGCGAGAAGUCCAAACCAGGUGCCCCUGCUACCAGACUUCGAGCCUUCGCAGCUUCCCAGCCAGGGCAAGGCUUCGGAACAACCCUGGAGAUGCCAAUUGUCGGUCAAGCUCCGGGUGCCUCGAGCUAUUCCAGAGUUCUGCACGAACGACACCAAACCCUUCUUAUCAAGCGGAGAGCCAUGAAUGAGGCCCGCCAGAACUUUGAAAGGACUACUGAGCUUCAACUUGAAGCACAAGCCAAGCUGGUGGAGAUCUCCCGGACCAUGAAGCAGCUUAGGGCUCAGCGGGCUACGCUGGAGGAUACCAAGAAGCUUCUGCUGAAGUCGAGUGACAUCCUGUCAGAGAUGAAGGCACUAGUACAGCGACUGGCCAACUUCUUCAGCAUUCUGGCAAACGUCAUAUCCAUUCAAUGCAAAGGUGCUGGUCAACAGUAUCUCGGCAUGAUCAGGGGCAGCAUGACCGGGCCCGAUGAGAAGUUUACCCUCGCCUCCAUCCAGGGCCAUGUAAAGAUUAUCCGUGAGGCGGUAAUCACCUUGCGUGGCCACUUCAGCUUCAUCGUGGACUCCGCGCACAUGUACCAGCAGAUUGCGGAUGAGCACCUCAACCCCUGUCUCCGCAUGGCGGCCACUCUUUCCCUGAGCGCCGGCCCGGAAGAGCAGGAGAGAGCACAGCAAUCUCUCGAGAAGACUGCAAAUGAAAGCUCCCAGGCGAUUAGAGAACUGGCAGAGAAGCAGAUGGAUGACUUCUUCAAGACACUGGACAAGCGGGUUGAGGAGAUUGAUGGAGAGAUUACAACUCUUAGCCUUCCAGCUACAUUGAAUGAUUGGCAGAAUCUGCAGGCGAUCACAGAGGGAGUCAAGGAGUCUAGCGACGAGAUUGUCAGAGAGGUUGGAAAGGAUAGCAUUGCCGGGACAGAGAUCUUGAGUGAUCUUUAG